GUUGUUCUUGUGCAGAGAGAGAAGACACUGACUACGCGACUGGAAAGUAUUCCACAACUCCAGUGAAUAAACGUUUACACAAGUAGUAACCAGUGAAUAUUAGAGCCUCAUCAUGUCUGGCGGUCCAGCGGUGAGGGUCAGCAUCGAGUCUAUCUGUGAGAAGCAGGUGCAGGAAGUGGCCCUGGAUGGAACCGAAACAUAUGUGCCCCCUCUGUCCAUGUCCCAAAACUUGGCAAAGUUGGCACAAAGAAUUGACUUCAGCCAGGGAUCUGACUCGGAGGAGGAGGGGAUUGAGGGCGAACCCAGGGACCGCGAGUGGACCAAGCAGGAGCCGGAGGAAGAGGAAGGCACAGUGAAGUUUCAGCCAUCUCUUUGGCCCUGGGACUCAGUGCGCAACAACCUGCGAAGUGCCCUGACAGAGAUGUGUGUGCUCCACGACGUGCUCAGCGUGGUGAAGGAGAAGAAGUACAUGGCCUUAGACCCAGUGUCUCAGGAUCCAACAGCUGGCAAGACCCCCCAGGUGUUCCAGCUGAUCAGUAAAAAGAAAUCACUGGGCACAGCUGCACAGCUUCUGCUGAAGGGAGCAGAGAAGCUCAGCAAGUCGGUAGCGGAGAACCAGGAGAACAGGAGGCAGAGAGACUUUAACUCAGAGCUGCUGCGACUCCGCUCUCAGUGGAAGCUACGCAAAGUGGGAGACAAGAUCCUGGGAGACCUCAGCUACCGGAGCGCAGGCUCCCUUUUUCCUCACCAUGGCACAUUUGAGGUGUUCAAGAACACAGACAUUGAUCUGGACAAAAAGCUCCCAGAGGACUACUGCCCACUCGAUGUCCAGAUUCCCAGUGAUUUGGAUGGAUCUGCUUAUAUCAAGGUGUCAAUUCAGAAACAAGCUCCAGACAUCGGUGAUCUGGGAACCGUCGCCUUGUUCAGGAGACCGCCAAAAACCAAAGCCGGGACCCAGCAGUGGCAUGUGAAGCUGGAGGCGGCUCAGAACGUUCUGCUGUGUAAGGAGAUCUUCGCCCAGCUGUCCAGGGAAGCUGUCCAGAUUAAAUCCCAGAUCCCUCACAUUGUUGUGAAGAAUCAGAUCAUCUCACAGCCCUUCCCAGGGCUGCAGCUGUCCAUCUCACUGUGCCACUCCACGGGAGAGAAGAAGACCCACCGGGCGUCUCCAGAGAAAUCCAAACCGGACGACCACCUUUACGUGCUGGAACACAAUCUGCAUCAGAUGAUGAGAGAGUUCCACAAGCAGCAGCUGAGCGCCAUGGUGAUGCCGCAUCCUGCCAGCGCCCCCUUCGGCCACAAACGCAUGCGCCUCGCGGGGCCGAUGGCCUACGACAAGGCCGAAAUCGUCAGCAUGCAGCAUAAUGAGGGGCUUCUCGAGAAGAUCAUCAAACAGGCCAAACACAUCUUCCUGCGGAGCAGGACGGCGCGGACCAUCGACAGCCUGGCCAGCCGCAUAGAGGACCCACAGAUCCAGGCUCACUGGUCCAACAUCAACGAUGUGUACGAGUCCAGCGUCAAGGUGCUCAUCACCUCUCAGGGCUACGAGCAGAUCUGCAAGUCCAUCCAGCUGCAGCUGAACAUCGGCGUCGAGCAGAUCAGGGUGGUGCACAGAGAUGGACGUGUUGUCACGCUGUCGCACCAGGAACAGGAACUGCAGGACUUUCUCCUCUCACAGAUGUCUCAGCAUCAGGUGCACGCAGUCCAGCAGCUGGCCAAAGUGAUGGGCUGGCAUGUCCUGAGCUUCAGUAACCAUGUGGGACUGGGCCCAGUGGAGAGCAUCGGGAAUGCCUCCGCCGUCACCGUCGCCUCUCCCAAUGGAGAGUACGCCAUCUCAGUGCGUAACGGCCCAGAGAGCGGGUGCAAAGUCCUGGUCCAAUUCCCCCGCAGCCAGACCAAAGAGCUGCCGAAGAGCGACGUCAUCCAGGACGCCAAGUGGAGCCACCUCAGGGGGCCGAGCAAAGAGGUCCACUGGAGCAGGAUGGAGGGACGGAACUUCGUCUACAAGAUGGAGCUCCUCAUGGCCGCGCUGACGCCCUGUCCUUAGAGUCGGUCCGUCCGCGGACUCCUUUCCCCACACACACACACACAUACACACACACAGCCAUGAUUUGUAUACAGCUGAGCAGCAAACUGGACAAACAAACAAACAGCAGCCUAUUUAUUUUUAUUUUUUUUCGAGAACGUAGCCGCCACAGUAUUUGGACAGGGCUUUGCAGCCACAACAAAGGCCUCUUUGUCAAAUGUAACAUUUCCAUCCCGUAAACCUUUUUCCAUACAAUUCACAGACUUUUGAAUACUGCCAUAAUCCCCUUUCCCCCCCAUCAGUAGUGCAUCUGUUGUCUGCUCUGUUUUUGAUAAUGCAAUAUUGUCGAGUGUGUGCAACUGAGACAGUUUGAUACAAAAUAAAACAUUACGCCCGUA